AUGGCAUCACGCUUUGUCGAAAACCUCGAAGAGGUCCCAAUUAGUCAUCCCCAUCUCAACGUCUCACUGGAUGACAUCCUCGCAGAAGAGAGCCGCAAGAGGUCCUCUUCCCAAUCAUCCGGCAGCUCGGAGACCCGUCGGUCAGGAAGCAGCUCGACACCAAGUCCAACAUCACCCAUCAACACCGAAAGCAAGCUCAAACGGGCUUUUACUAUUGGCAGCAAGAAGGGUCGCCGAACUUCAUGA